AGCCUCCUGAUGAAACAGAAGAAGUUUCUUUACCAUUUCAAAAAUGUCCGUUGGGCUAAGGGCCGACAUGAGACCUACUUGUGCUAUGUAGUGAAGCGGAGGGAUAGUGCCACCUCAUUUUCCUUGGACUUCGGUCACCUUCGCAACAAGUCUGGCUGCCACGUGGAAUUGCUUUUCCUCCGCUACAUCUCCGACUGGGACCUGGACCCGGGCCGGUGCUACCGCGUGACCUGGUUCACCUCAUGGAGCCCCUGUUACGACUGUGCGCGCCAUGUGGCUGACUUUCUGAGAGGGUACCCCAACCUCACGCUUAGGAUCUUCACCGCGCGCCUCUACUUCUGCGAGGACCGCAAGGCGGAGCCAGAAGGGCUGCGGCGGCUUCACCGCGCCGGUGUCCAAAUCGCCAUCAUGACCUUUAAAGAUUAUUUUUAUUGCUGGAAUACUUUUGUGGAAAACCGGGAAAGAACUUUCAAAGCUUGGGAAGGGCUACAUGAAAAUUCCGUGCGUCUAUCCAGACAGCUUCGACGCAUCCUUUUGCCCCUUUAUGAAGUCGAUGAUUUACGAGAUGCAUUUCGUACUUUGGGACUUUUAAAGUAUUAUGUGCUCAGAGGAAAGGACAUAGAUCAUAAGCAGCAGCUUGAGAAUUUUCAAAAAUACCAGCCAAAUACCAAGAUCAAGAAGCUGAGCAUUGUAAAGAUUCCAGAAGCCCCCUUAGAAUACUUUCUAGGAGGUACAGUUGUGAUGGCAGAGCGGCUGAAGAUAAAAUUUAUCUCCUCCAUUAACAGGAGGAGAAUUGAACCCUGGGAAUUUGCAGCCUUCUUUGACCCCACACAACUCCGCAAAGAGACCUGUCUGCUCUAUGAAAUCCACUGGAGAAGGAGCCCAAAGAUCUGGCGACACUUAGUCAACAACACCACAAAACACGCUGAAGUCAAUUUUACAGAAAAGUUUACUGCAGAUUUUCAUUUAACUAUUUACUGCACCAUCGUCUGGUUCUUGUCCUGGAGCCCAUGUUCCCAGUGCUGUCAAGUUAUUAGAGAAUUUUUGAGUCAACACCCUAAUGUGACUCUAAUCAUAAACGUCGCCCGGCUUUACCAUCACCUGGAUGAAGGGAACCGGCAAGGACUCAGGGACCUCAGAAAUAGAGGUGUACUCAUCCAGGUCAUGAGAGUCCCAGACUAUCACCACUGCUGGAGGAAUUUUGUGAACCACCCAUCAGGGAAUGAAGGUUGCUGUCCAAUAUUCCCACCUGGGUUUAUGAAUCUGUAUGCACUAGAACUCCGCUGCAUUUUUCUAGAUCUCCCUUCCUGUUUCAAGAUUUCAAGAGUACAUCAAAAGUCAAUUAAUUUGUUCACACUUACUCCUCAAAAUUGCCAUUAUAAGAUGUUUCCACCACAUAUCCUUUUAGCUGUAGGAUAUGAUUUCCAUUUACUCCUUUACUGCAACUUCCUGUGA